AUGGAAUACCAGGAGUUACGCAAUCUAAUCCUUACCACAAUUCCCACUUCGAAGUUGCAUCAGCCACUGCGAGAGGGGCGCAAAGUUCUUGGGAGUGUUGCAGGAACCGUGUUCCUCACUGCUCUUCUCUGCCGCAAUCGCAUUCCUGGAAGUCAGUGGAUCGGGAAGCACCUGCGACCGCGGAGGGUGUCUUUGUUGUCGAAGCAGAACAUGAUCCGUCGCCUGGAGAUGGAGGCGGAGAACCACUACUGGUUGAGCAUGCCUUACAUGACCGCGGAGCGGGAGUACGGCCACGCCCGUGUGCUCAGGGCACAGGCUUUCAAGGCCAUCAAGUCGGCCAGCACUUCCAAGUUUCCCCCACAUAGAUUUGUUGCUGACCAGCUCAACCACCUUAAUGUCACCAAGAGAUGGUCCUAA